GGAGAGAAACCUUAUGAAUGUAAUCAAUGUGGUAAAGCCUUUGCACAACACAGUCAUCUUCAAAGUCAUGAAAGAAUUCAUUCAGGAGAGAAACCUUAUGAAUGUAAUCAAUGUGGUAAAGCCUUUGCUCGUCACAAUCAUCUUCAAAGGCAUGAAAGAAUUCAUACAGGAGAGAAACCUUAUGAAUGUAAUCAAUGUGGUAAAGCCUUUGCACAACACAGUAAUCUUCAAAGUCAUGAAAGAAUUCAUACAGGAGAGAAACCUUAUGAAUGUAAUCAAUGUGGUAAAGCCUUUGCACGUCACAGUCAUCUUCAAAGUCAUGAAAGAAUUCAUACAGGAGAGAAACCUUAUGAAUGUAAUCAAUGUGGUAAAGCCUUUGCACAACACAGUCAUCUUCAAAGUCAUGGAAGAAUUCAUACAGGAGAGAAACCUUAUGAAUGUAAUCAAUGUGGUAAAGCCUUUGCACGUCACAGUCAACUUCAAAGGCAUGAAAGAAUUCAUAAAGGAGAGAAACCUUAUGAAUGUAAUCAAUGUGAUUGUAAGCAUCUAA